ACACACACACACACACACACACACACACACACACACACACACACACACACACACACACACAGCUCUGUUUGCUUUGGAGGAUGAGCCCAGGAGGCCCUGCCAGGAGAAGAGUACACCUUCCAGGGACCUGUUGACUCUUCCCGCCCCUUCUCUCUCUCUCUCUCUCCUCCUCCUCCUCCCCUUCUGCCUUCCCAAAAGUGCCCUCUUCCCUCUGGCUGCUCAGCCCAGCCUACCUGCUCCAGUCAGGACUCGCAGAGCUGAGUGGGAGACACACUGAGGAGCCCUGAGACCUGGAAUACCCUACCCUUUCACCUACCCCGGACCUGGCACUGACAGAGACUGAGAGAGACCGAUAGACUGAGAGUCCCAGAGACCUUUCACUGACUUUCACCAGAAUGUCUAAAGCUUCGAGGCUGGCUCGGCCCUCCUCGGUCGGUGCAGGAUCCAAGCUGCCAUCCUCCCGUAAGGAGGCUCCGGGAGGGGCCCGAGCCAGGGUGGUGAGUGUGGGGGAGAAGCUGAUGAGGGCUGGCAGCGACGGGACCCUGACCAAGCAGAGGGCCCUGGCUGCACAGCAGCAGACAGACAAACAGCAGAGCCAGAUGCAAUCUCAGACUCAGUCCCAGAGCCAAAGCCACCUAAGCCAGGCACAGACUGGGGACACGGGGGCCCAACCCAAGAGUAGAAUCAGCCCGCCUAAAGCCUCGGCCCUCCCACAGGGCUCUAUGCACAAGCAAACCAAAAGCAACCUAAAGGUGACCUCCCCUGAGGACUCUGAGCAGCUGAGCAGCAGGCAGGGUCCCCCGAAUGGGACCCCCACCCGGGCCCAGGACCCCAAAGGCAACGGCAGCCGCACCGUCCCCCGCAGGCACACGUUAGGGGGGGCGCGCAGCUCACAAGAGAUCCUGGCCAUGCAGCCCUCAGACAUGGACAAAAAGAGGGAAGCCUUCCUGGAGCACCUGAAGCAGAAGUACCCUCACCACGCCUCGGCCAUCAUGGGCCACCAGGAGAGGCUCAGGGAACAGUGCAGAAGCCCUGCGCACGGCCCCAGCAGCUCCAUUGUAGGGGAGCAGCCUGAGAACCUCUCCCUGGCCUCUCUGGAGUCUCUGGACACCAUGUCAGAGGCUGAUGCCCCCUCUGCCUUCACCAGAGGCAGCCGCUCCCGUGCCAGCCUGCCCGUAGUGCGUUCCACCAACCAGACCAGGGACCGCUCGCUAGGCGUGCUGUACCUGCAGUACGGAGACGAGACUAAGCAGAUCCGGAUGCCCAAUGAGAUCACCAGCGGAGACACAAUCAGGGCUCUGUUUGUGAGUGCCUUUCCCCAGCAGCUCACCAUGAAGAUGCUGGAGUCUCCCAGUGUGGCUGUCUAUGUCAAAGACGACAUGAGGAACAUGUACUACGAGCUCACCGACGUCAGGAAUAUCACGGAUCACUCCUGCCUGAAGGUGUACCACAAGGACCCAGCACAGGCCUUCAGUCACGGCCCCAGACCAACCAACGUUGACACCAGGAUGCACAGAGAGAUGAUGUAUGCCAGCAGAGAUGGGCAGCACCCCCCCAGACACCCACCUAUGGGCCACCCUCCACACCACCCCAUGCAGGGCUCCCUGUCCCCAACCACGGCCCACUCCGUGCCCCCCUCACCCUCCCGGAUCCCCUUCGGCCCGCGCCCGGGGUCCAUGCCCUGCAGCGCCACUAUGCCCCGGGAGCGCAUAUCUAACGCCACACCUCCCGUGCGCUCCGUGUCACCCUGCCCCAGCGCCAUCCUGGAGAGGCGGGACGUCAAACCUGAUGAGGACAUGGGCGGUAAGAGUCACAGCCUGGUGAGAGGGGGAGAGGGGCUUUACGCUGACCCGUACCUUCUCCACGAGGGGAGGAUGGGCCACGGCCCUGCCCAUGGAGGGCACCCUCCUCCUGGGGACAUGGUGGACCACGGCAGCCUGGCUGGCUACCAUCGCACCUCCAUCCGCUCCACAGGCUCCUACAGCGGGCCCAGCCCCACCGAGGCCAUGGAGCAACCCUCACUCUACCGCCAGAAGUCCAGGAAGUACGGAGACAGCCAGCUGCCCACGCUGGGCUCCAAGACCCCGCCCUCCCCCCACAGGAUGGCAGAAGUGAGGAUGAUUGACAUCCAUGGGGCCACGCCUCCUCAUGGCAGCAUUCCCCUGGAGCGCUCCUCGCCUGUUCGCCAGGCCUUCAGGAAGGAGGAAGUGGUCAAAAGCAGGAGUAACAUGGCAUCUCCAGUUGUGCUGGACCUCCAGGGUCACGGCCCUAUCCCUCCAGCCAACGACCCACAGACACGAAAGCGAAUGAAGGCUAUGGAGCAACAGAUUGCCAGCUUGACUGGUCUUGUUCAGCAUGCACUUUUAAAGUCCCCAAACACUAGUGGCACCAACGAUUCUCUCAGUGAACGACCCAUGAAGACAUCAAGGCAAGCGUCUCCGGUUCAUAGUGCACCCAGUGCAGGAGGUUCCCCUGUCCUGGCACCCAAAAGUGCCACGCCCCCCUCUGAGAGUGGCUCCACCCCCAUACUCCCAGGCCCCACCCCCUUCCAGACCAACUUGCUCCAGUGCAAGAAGAACGUCUCGGACCUUCGGCUGCAGCUUCAUCAGAUGAGACAGCUGCAGCUCCAGAACCAGGAGGCUCUGCGUGUGCAGCUGAAGCGGGCUGAGCAGGAGAUCAGUUUGAAGCUGGCGGAGGCCAUGAGACGUCUGGAGGACCCGGUCCAAAGACAGAGAGUCCUGGUGGAGGAGGACAGACACAAGUACCUGGGCUUGGAGGAGAGGGUGUUCAACCAACUAGGGGAGCUGGAGCUGUAUGUGGACACUCUGAAGAGGGAGACCGGCCCGGCGGGGCCUCACAGAGCUGUGACACUGAAACAUGUGGAGGAGGGGGCCGUUAGCCUCAGGAGAGUGGGAGAAUCUCUGGCAGGACUCAAAGGGGAGUUUCCGGCACUGCAGACCAGGAUGCGUGCGGUGCUGAGGGUGGAGGUGGAGGCUGUGAAGUUCCUCAAGGAGGAGCCCCACAAACUGGACAGCAUGCUGAAGCGAGUCAAGAGCCUCACAGAGACACUCAGUAGCCUGAGGAGAUGUGCUACAGAGGGUCUGCUGAAGGGAUCUGACCCUGCUAUGUGUGCCUCAGUGAAACCAACCCCAUCAGAGAGCAGCCCAGUCACCACCACCACCACCGUGGACUCCGACCCCCCAGUGGAGCCUCCAGCUUCCCCCUCGGCCCUGCCCGAGCCCCAGAGCUCCUCCAUCAGGUCUGAGGUGGUCAUGCCCUCCUCCCCCAUGGUCAUCCACCACGUCCAGAGUGCUCCAGUCCACAUGCAGCAGUCCCAGCAGUCUGCAGCCCUGCUGGUCCAGCCCAGCCCACCCACGACCCCCACCCACAGCCAGGGCCGGGACUCCCCCAGCUCAGCCAAGGGUUCCACUGGCACCGCCUCGGCCUCAAACUCCAACCCCUCCAGCCAAGGGGGUAGCCCUGCCCAGCAGAAGAAAACCCCUGCUGCCCACCUAGAGCUGGCGACCCAGGCUCCGGUCAAUAACGGCAGCAGCGGGACAGGGAACCUCUUAAUCGAGGAGAUUCACACCAAGAGCAAAAACAGGGCCAUGUCUAUAGAGGUGGCAGAGAAGGAGUGGGAGGAACGGAGGCAGAACAUGGGCCAGUACAAUGGGAGGGAGUUUGAGAGGAUCCUAAAUGAGGCCCAGGCCAACAUGAUGAAGGGCAUUCCCAGUCUGGAUGUGCCGAGUGAGGGGGAUGCCUCUACAGCACCCUCUGCUGCCCUGGAGGAGCCAACCCCAGAAGGGACUCAGCUCAGCUCAGAGAAACCAGCCAUAGCCAAGCCUGCUGGUCCUGAGAAACUCCCCAAGUCGGUGCUAGAGAAACCCGCCACCACCAAGCCUACCGCUGCUGCAGACAAAGUGGGCAAAGUCAGCUUGGAGAAGGCCAUCAAGUCCCCUCCCCCUCCACCACCCAGAAAGACCUUCCCCACCUCCAGCUCUGGAAUGACCACCACACGGUCUGGUGAGGUGGUUUACACCAGCAGGAAGGAGUCUGCCUCGGGACAGGAGGAAGAUGAGGCUGAGGUCCCACCACAAGCCCCAGCUAGCCAGUCCAAACCCACCAAGGUCCCACCGGAGACCAAGCCCAAGCCCUCCACCCCUCCCCCCAUUGCUGCCUCAGCCAACCACGAGGAGGAGGAGGACGAGGGAGACAAAAUUAUGGCAGAGCUCCAGGUGUUCCAGAAGUGCACAGUUAAGGAUGUAGGGGUGAAAAGUAGUGUGCUAGAGACACACCCUACUCGAGUUGAGCCCCAGAUCAGAGAGCUAAGACCUGGGGCCUUAUUGCCCCUCAAAGAGAAAAAGAGCUCGGAGAAAACUCGGGAGGAUAAACAUCCCAACGCGGAUGAAAACGGGAACACCACCCCUCUUCGUCAAAGUCCAGGGGUCAUAUACUACGUCACUGGGCAGAUCUCCAAAGAGCAGCUGCCACCCCCGGCCGCCAUGGAGGAGGCUCCGGAACACAGAGGCAACCCAACACUAUCCCCCUCACAGGUGUCAAAUGUCAAUGCUAAUGACAAUUCCCCAAGCCAGCAGCCUCAACCGAAACCCCAGCAGUUAGGGCCACCUGUAUCUCCCAAGCCUCUGUUCUUGAAUGGCCCCAGCCCUCUGUCUCAGAAACAGGUGGUGACCUCAGAGUCAUUGAAGACCAGCCCAGGAGUGGUGAAAGGGGUUCUGGAAAACCCAGCGACCACCACUGUACAUAAGCUUCAGAUAAGCACAGUCAAGAGGAUAGAGACCUCAGUCUCCUCAAUCGUCCAGGAGUCCAGCAUUCCCCGCAGUAAGAGUGUUGUGUUGCCCGCUGCAUUGCCUGAAGUCCCUCCACCAACCACCAUAAGAGAGGCUCCGAAAGCAGUGGUGUCUCCCCCAGAGAAGGCUCUUAGUGAGGCCACUGAUCAGCCCAGACACUGGUAUGAGGAGGUGGAUGAGGAGGCCAGCCUGAGCCCUGACCUCCCUGGUGAGGAAGCCCCUCCGCCCCCAGACAACAUUGCCUUCAUGAUCACCAACAGCAAGGUCCAGGCCCUGUCCUGUGGGGAGUACCAGGAGCUGGUCAACGCCAAACGGGGCAUCCAGACCGUGACCGUGUGUGGGGGACCUGGGAAACGGGAGAUGACCAACACCACCCCGGGCGGCUCGGCGGGGUCACAGGACAAUGGCUUCAACAACAAGAAGCCGGUCAUCAUCAUCUUCGACCAGCCCAUGGACAUCCGAUCGGCCUACAAGCGCCUGUCCACGGUGUUCGAGUGCGAGGAGGAGCUGGAGAGCAUGCUGGCCGCAGAGCGCAUCGAGGAGGAGGACGAGGAGACGGAGGAGACAGAGAGGAGCAGUGGUGGACUGCAGGUAAAGGUCAAGGCCCCCAGCAGUGCUCUUAGCUCUUCCAGUAGUAGCUUGUCGCGCUCUUCCUCCUUGACUUCGGAGCUCGCCGAGCUGUCCGGUGAUGGCAAGCCAGAUGGGAAGAAGAAGUUUACGUUCAAGUUUCCCAAGAAGCAGCUGGCCGCUCUGUCGCAGGCCAUCCGCACGGGCACCAAGACGGGCAAGAAGACGCUGCAGGUGGUGGUGUACGAGGACGAGGAGGAGUCGGACGGCACAGUCCGACAGCACAAGGAGGCCAAGAGAUUUGAGAUCCAAAGUCGCUCCAAACCAUCUGCUGCUCCAGCAAACAAGACGCCCAAGGCCCCAGCUGCAGCCGUUGUAAGGAGGGAGCACUCGGACUCCAAAGGCAGGACGGACAAGAUCCGGAAGAGCACCUACAAGACCCUGGACAGCCUGGAGCAGACCAUCAAACAGCUAGAGACGACCAUCAGUGAGAUGGGCCCCGCAGCGCACCACCAGGAGGAACCAGUGAGGAGUGCAGCCAGCGUGGAGCCCCAUGCUGGGUGUGUCUUGAGUGGGGAGAAUGGAGGCCUGAAGAGGUCCUUAUCACUCCCUUCCAAGAGUUCACUCCUCAAGGUCCCCAAGCCCAGCAAGGCCUCCUCUCAGAGGAAGAAGACCAAACCUCAGCUCCUCCCCCGGCCAGCCGUCAUCCCCACCGCCACUGUCACCCCCGUCACCAGCCAACAGAACGCAACCAGUGUCGCUUCCCCUACUAGUCGGAUGCCAGUGCCCCUGUCUGCGAAGUCCAGGCAGUCGCCAGGGACUACUACUGACAAAGCAGGAAAACAGCAAAAGCUACAGGACAGCACUCAGAGGCAGUUUCGACAGGCUAACGGAAGCGCUAAAAGAGCGGGGGGGGAUCAUAAAACUACUUCCCCUACUGUACCUACCUCUAAAAUCCCAGCUUUUUACCCUAGCUCUGGUAAAGGCAGCACCUCCCAGUCUGCUCCAAACUCAGAUGCUACUAACCCUCUUACCCUUUCCUCCUCCUCUUCCUCCCCACACACCACCAAGUCCUCCAUCCCAUCCCCUCACGCCCCCCGCCACCCUGGCUCGGCCCUCUCCACCUUCUCCCACAUCCCCUCCCUCUCUAACGGUUCCUCCCUCAAACUCCCCACACCCUCUCACACAGGUAAAGCUCUUUCGUUCUCCUCGCAGACUCAAAACGGUCGAGCACCCUCCUCUUCCUCCUCCUCCCCCUCCCCUCUGUCGCCCACCCCGUUGGGCCCGGGUGUGAAGAGCAUCCGCACCAUACACACCCCCAGCUUCACCAGCUACAGGCCCCAGAACGGCAGCACCGGCAAAUCCUGCAUUCCAACCGCCACAGCAGCCAAGGACUCCACUUAGCUCCCAUACAGUAGCCCCGUCUGGGUUACUUCUCAAUCUCGUUAUUCAUGUUUUUGUUGUUGUUUAUUGGUUUGUACUUUAUUGUUAAAGCGUAAUUGAUGCACUCCCCCCCACCAUUCAUAUUUCAAUGUGAUUUGACACACGCAUACUCACACCGAUGCUUUGACUUCGUUUUAAGUUGCAUUUCCCCCAUUGGCUAAACUUGAACGCUGAUUUUAAAAAGGCGUAUUAGAGUACUGAGUAAAUAGUUUUAAAAAGGAAAAACUAAAAGUGAUAUAGUUUUACUGCUUCGUAGGUUAUGUGGAAGCUCUCGCUUUCUCAAUUCGCUACUAAAAACGGGAUUGAAAAUAUAUUUUUCUUACAGUAUCUCAGAAUGGGGAAAAAAUAUAUAUAUAUGAAGUUGAUGUACAAUCACUAUGACCAUGUGAAAUAUUGUGUUUUAUUUUUGAAAAAAAGAGACUGGAUAACCAUAGUAUAUUUUGCUCUUACAUUAUUUCGUAUGUUGCCCAACAUUCAGCAUAACCCUAGUAAAUGCCUUUUAUGAAUGCAUACUGUACCGUAUGUAUAAAGACGUUUACAGUGAAACUGCAUUGGCUUCUAUUUUGUUAAGAAUAUCAUGCACUGCCAAUUUAUUUUUAGGAGAUAAAAAAAAAAAAGGAUUUUAAGGAGGUUUAUGAAAUAUUUGUUUGUCUUUCUGUAGUCAUUGUGCCUAUUUGCCAAAGUUGUUAUGACAUUUCCUGACUGUAUUACUGUAACCAUACCAAGUGACAACUCUACAGCACACCCGAGGUGUGAUGGCUCAAGUCUUUCCCUCCCCACAGCUUUACCGGAGGUCUCUUAAGGUCAUGUUUAUUCAUGUCUAAAUGUAUACCGUACUAAAACACACAAGUCGUCGGUGUACUGUUCUGCCACACGUGUACAUAAACGCUUCUAAUCAGAACUUUAGUCGUUUUGUUGACAUACCAAAGUUGAUUUGUAUGCAUGCCUUUAAGAUGCUUUUAGGAGAGGGAAAGAAGAAUUCAUGUUUGCACAGAUAGAUUUUUGUAAAUAUUUUGGUUUCUCUCUCGUUUUUUUUGUAAAGCUUUAAACCAUACUACAUAAAAAGCAAUGUGGUAAAGAAAGGAAUAAUUGUGUUGUAAUAAAAACAAUAAAAGGUCUGCAUGCUUGUAAUGCA